AUCACAACACUGUCAGAUUGUUGUUGUGUUGUUAUUUCAGACAUCUCAAGAAAAUGUUUCUCAUGUUUGUUUUUCUCUCUUUCUGCUUCACUUCUCUGAAUGGUGUGUUUGGUGAUGAAGUGAAGUCAGUGUCAGUGACGGAGGGAGAUUCUGUUACUCUACACACUCAUAUUACUGAACUACUGAGCGCUCAUCUCAUACUAUGGAAAACUCAAGGGUCUCUCAUAGCCAGAAUCAAUAGAGAAGCCAACAAGUCAUCAAUAUAUGAUGAAGAUUUUGAUGGGAGAUUCAGAGACAGACUGCAGGUGAAUAAUCAGACUGGAGAUCUCACCAUCACAAACAUCACAACUCAACACACUGGACUUUAUGAAAUAAUCAUCACCAGCAAGCUGACGUUGUCACACACAUUCAAUGUUAUUGUCUAUGCUUGUCUGCCCCUUUCUGAUAUCAGCAGAGACUCUUCACAGUGUUCAUCAUGUGUGUUAUUGUGUUCAGUGUUGAAUGUGAGAGAUGUGAGUCUGUCCUGGUACAAAGAAAACAGUUUAUUGUCCAACAUCAGUGUGUCUGAUCUCAACAUCAGACUCUCUCUACCUCUGGAGGUUGAAUAUCAGGAUACAAACACAUACAGCUGUGUGGUGAACAAUCCUCUCACAAACCAAACUCAACAUCUCAACAUCAAUGAUGUCUGUCAGCCAUGUUCAGACUUUUUUUGCUGUUGUUAUGGCCUUGAAGCUGUGAUCCAAUUGGUCAUCUCUACUCUGGUGGGUGUGGCUACUGUUACUGUUCUGGUUUAUGACAUUUACAGCAACUCUGGUGGAGAUGCGCAGAAGAAAAGAUCAAAGACACCAUAAGACCAUCACUGAGAAAUUGUAGCUUGUAGUUCCUACAAAUUUUAAUACAUCAUUUCAAAAACAAAAUUUCCACUAUUUAGUUCUUUACCUGUAAUAUAUUUUUUAUAUUGAAUAUACUUUUAUAAUUUUAAGGUUUAAAAAUUAGGUUGGUCAGUUGAACAUGUUCAUGUUGUGUGGCUCUUUGCAAAAAUGCAUAAAAAAUAAACACAGCUAAUGCCAUUGCCAUGAAUUUUGAAAU